UAUGCAGUCUUCUGAUGGCCUUUGAGUCGGUUUUGCUGUACAGAUUACUACAACUUAAGCGUUUAAAAAUAAGAAUUUAUGCAAAUCGCUUACCUAGUUUUCAGUAAUGCACAAACAUACAUACAUACGAAUCGAUAGGGUAUAAAUGGGAUAUUAUCAAAAAUAUUUAAAAGACAACCAUAAAUUCUACGCCUUAUUUACUUUUCAUGGCUGUCUACAAGAUUUCAUAAGCUUAUUAUAUACAAGGGAGAGUUCGAUGGUACGCGGAAUGAGGAGUAAGCGUGCAAAAUAUAAAUAGUUGUCUUUACCGAAAAACACACUAAAAAUGUCAAAGCUGUUGACUGAAAGCUCUUGAGUAUCGAAGACCGCCAUAAGCUGACUAGUUGAUACAGCUCUUAUAAACAUAUUAAUUGUCCGACGACGAGAACAUUCUCCGUAUUCAUUCCGCGUAUGUAUCCCAACUAUAAGGUAAGGUCGCAGAGCUAAUUUAAUAUGGCUCUAGAGAGUGCUUCAAGCAUUUCUGAGCUCUACUUUUCCUUCGUCGAUUGGAAAUCCUUACUCUAUAUGACCACAUUCAUUGUUCAAAGAGCUCGUUUUAUACUUGUAGUUUGUAACUAAGCAUACAAUCAAGAAUUUUUUUUUAUGCUCAUCCGAGUUGUUUUCCGGACUUAACUAUCGAUAUCAAACGCCCUCAUCGAGAAAACUAGAGAUACAAUAAUAUCUUGUCGUUCAUUUUCACAUCACAUAAAAUCUAAUUAUAUAUAAUAAUCGGGUUUGUGCGUGUUAUUGGCUUUAUAAAAAUAAUCCAGUCUAUGAAUUCAUUUAUUUCAAUAUUAUUGGAAUAGGAAAGGAGAUAAGGACAUCCCUUCCUGCUAAGCUUAUAUGUUUCAAAAUACCUUGCAUUUUUAUUCGUCAAGAGACUUUCAAAUAUGUUCCUCAUUACUGAAGUAUGUUUAUGAACUCGGCUGUAAUAUCGAGCAUGAAUGUAAAAAGAGGCAAGCCGAGUUUACUUCUUUACAAGGCAACGAGCUUGUCAACCGAAAUUGAUUUCCACAUAAUAAAAAUCUCCGAAGCUCUCGCUAAAGUGAGGAAUUCUUGGAUAUGGUCGUUUUCAACAUAUAAAUGCGGAUAAUACUAUAAACUGUUAGAUAUAUACUAUAAUACUGUUAGAUCCUCCAUCAUCAUUCACAGUCGUAGGUUUUUAACAAAAACACAGAUAAGUUAGUUUAUACAGUGUUUAUGAUAAGGAAUACCUUAGCUACUUGAAACUGCUCUUUUUACCAAAACUAUUUUAAACCGAUUGCUUAAAAAAAUAGAAGAAAACAUUUUCAAAGCUAUGUUUAUCUAUUUUUAGAACUUUUUAGAAGUGAUAUGUUCUAAAUUCUCAAUCGAACUGUCUUUGGAGUUUAGAAUAAAUUCCUCCGUUUAAUUUGUAGCGUUAGUCUUGAAGUUGCUCGACGAAAAUGGGGGAUAUCAUAAAUUUUGAGCUGUCAUCGAACACCACAUACAUUUUUUGAAAAGCUUUAUCAUAUUUAUUAUAAACACCGGAAGUUUGACUUUCCUUUUGAAGAGGUCUCCUGUUAGAAACAACUUUUUUUUUUUGAUCGCUCACAAUUUAAACUUAGCUGUGUUGUAGUUAUACAAUUAACUCAAUCGGUGAGCUAUAAAAGCUGGCCUGAGUGUCCAUUAAAUAUCUCUAACUAUGAAUUGAAUGUGCCGUUUUUUACGUCACGGUGGGAGGAGUACAAAGCUUCCGUUGACAACUUACAUGCAUAGACGAAUACAUAUGGUAUAUAUAUAAAUUGUACAAUAUAUCUAUUUUAUGGUCGUUUGCAUUUGAACCGGUUUGUUGUGGGUCCAAAUGCAGUCGCCUCCGGCGUAUCUAUAAAAAUGUUUAACAAAAAAAAACCACACGCUGCGGAUGCGAAGCAAAUGCUUUGCAAACAGUUUUUGGCUUUCACUGUCACUUCCAUGGAUUUUCUGGAUUUUCACAUAUAAAGUGAUACUUGAGCCGCAUGCAUCACGUCCUGCCACCUACUGAACUGCUGCAUAGCAGCAAGUUAGCAACGCGAUUUCUAACACUUUGAAGUAACGCUACGUGCAACAAGCGCAACAGUUUUUCGCCAAACCUCAACCCAAACGGAUGUGAUACAGUCGCUCCGACUUGAGACUUGCGAUCACAUAUACAAAAAAAAAAUGCAGCUGACAUUUAAAGAAUUGGACAAAGACAUUGCCGCACGCAUUGAUGCGCUCUUCCCCAAGAAGGAGUGUUUCAUUGAGGUGCUGCCCGGGCAUGUGGUGGUGCCGCGUAAAUUUACGAGCAUUGCGGAGUCCAUACGCGAUUUACCCAUAAACGAAGACGAUGUGUGGAUGAUCUCCUAUCCGCGUACAGGUUCCACUUGGGCUCAGGAGAUGAUUUGGCUGCUGGGCAACAAACUGGAUUUCGAAGGCGCCAAACAGAUACAACAGUUGCGUUCGCCCUUAAUUGAGCUGUCGGCGCUCUUUAGCGAGGAUCAUCAUGAGUGGGUGACAAACUCAAUUGGCAACACCGUUGAUGUUAUGCGUAAUAUGCCACGUCCACGUUUUGGACGUUCACAUCUUACGUGGGACUUGCUGCCACGCGGUUUCGAUACGGUGAAACCCAAAAUUAUUUACACAGCGCGCAAUCCCAAAGAUCUCUGCGUCUCUUUCUAUCACUACUGUAAGUUGGUGCAUGGCCUCAAAGGUCCCUUCGAUGACUUUCUCGAGCUUUUCUUGGAUGAACGCUCGCCUAUGGGCUCAUACUGGAAUCACGUUUUGCCUUUCUGGCAGCGUCGCAACGAUACAAAUAUACUGUUUUUGAAAUACGAAGACAUGAAGCGCGAUCUGCCGAAAAUCGUACGUCGUUGCGCUAAAUUUCUAAAUGUGGACUAUCAACUUACCGAUGUGGACUUAGCGCGCAUUUGUGAGCAUUUGAAAUUUGACAAAAUGCAGGCGAACCCUGCGGUAAAUUUGGAGCCCUUGUUGAAUAAUAUCGACGAUGGUCGAAACAAUAACAUCGUUAAAAGCGGCAAUGAAAGUAAAUUCAUACGAAAAGGCAAUAUAGGUGAUUGGCGGAAUUAUUUAACAGCGGAGUCAUCGAAGCGCUUCGACGAAUGGAUCGAGCGAAACUCUGCAGAAAGUGGACUAAUUUUCGAAUAUGAGUAAUUAAUUCAUUUGAAUUAUAUAGUAAAUUGAUUAAACAUGGUUUUAUAUAGUUUUAUAUGUUCUUAAAUAUUAUUUAUAGUUCUAUGUAAGGGUAAGUGAGUUAGAAAAAUAUCAUGACUUUGGAAUCUAAACAUUAAAAAUAAUUAAAUUAAUUAAUUCUAAUGGUCUGCAGUGGUUUUGUUGCCCUAGAUAUAAAAUCGAUUUUGGGUUUAUGUAUUUGUGCUCGCUAUUCAUGAAACUAUCAACGAUUUUGUAGGGUUAGCUCUCGUUUAAUUUUAAAUCUUUAUUUCCAUGUUACAUUGCAAAAACCGGAAAACAAGAAACAAUAUAACAGUUAGAUUUAUAAUGUAAGUUUUAUAUUGAAAAAAUUAUGAAGUAAACAGAAAGUAAAAUGUCAAA